UAGUAGAUAUGAAUCGUUUCUGGUGCAUAAACCUGCAUACAAGGGCUUUGAAAAAUAAAAUGUAGAAUUCUGUCAAAUUAAGGAUAGUUAAAAAACUUGAGAAUAAGUCUGUUAAUUGAAGUAAUUGUAACUAACCAUGAUAAAUAUACCAUCUUGGAUCUCACAGCUACAAACUUCUCAAUCAAUUGUGGGGGACCAGAGAUGAAAGGAGGCAAUGGAAUCAUUUACGAAGCCGACAACACAAUUCUUGGUCCAGCAAUGUUUUAUUUAUCCAGUACAGAGAAGUGGGCAAUUAGCAAUGUUGGAUUCUUUGCUGAUAGAGAAGAUCCACGAUAUGUUGUGAACACCUCAGCACAAGUCACCGGAACUGAUGCGAACCCAGAGCUUUUCCGGACUGCGAGGAUGUCUCCAGGAUCUCUCAGAUAUUAUGGUCUUGGUCUUAAGAAUGGAUCUUACACCAUAACUCUACAAUUUGCAGAAAUUAGUUUUGAAGAUCAAAGCUCGCGAACUUGGAAAGGUCUAGGAAGGCGCGUGUUUGAUAUCUAUAUCCAGGGAAUUCUCAGGGAGAAGGAUUUUGACAUAUCAAAAGCAGCAGGUGGAGUCUAUAGGGCAACUGAGAUGAAAUUCAAUGUUACAGUGUCAGAGAACUAUCUUGAGAUUCAUCUCUUCUGGGCUGGUAAGGGGACCUGUUGCAUACCUCAAAGCGGUUUUUAUGGUCCAUUGAUUUCGACCGUCCAUGCUGCUACAGAUUCUGUACCGACCGGAGGGAAGAACUUGACAUGGUUGAUUGUUGGUAUCGCAGUCCCUGCUGGGAUUUUGGGCCUUAUGUUGGUGUUUGCAGUGUUCUACAUAAGGAGAAAAUCAGGCAAUGAUCUUGAGGAAGUGCUUUUUGAAUUAGGCUCCCGACAUAAGACUUUUAGUUAUGCUGAAUUAAAAGCUGCCACAGAAGACUUUAGUUCCUCAAAUAAGCUUGGAGAGGGUGGAUAUGGACCUGUUUACAAGGGUACACUUUUUGAUGGGCGGGAAGGAGCUAUAAAGCAACUUUCAGUAGCAUCACAUCAAGGAACGAGUCAAUUUAUAACUGAAAUUGACACCAUAUCUGCACUACAACAUCGCAAUCUAGUGAGAUUGUAUGGAUGCUGCAUUGAAGGGAAUAGACGCAUCUUGGUUUAUGAAUAUCUUGAAAACAAAAGCAUUGAUCAGGCACUUUUUGAAAAAAAUGAGUUGUUCCUUGACUGGCCUACUCGCUUCAAUAUAUGUUUGGGAACAGCAAGAGGACUUGCUUAUCUUCAUGAGGAGUCAAGACCACGGAUAGUACAUAGAGAUGUCAAAGCUAGCAAUAUAUUGCUUGAUGCAGAACUUUGUCCUAAAAUAUCUGAUUUUGGACUAGCAAAGCUCUAUGAAGACAAGAAAACCCACAUCAGCACUCGAGUUGCAGGAACAAUAGGAUAUCUAGCACCAGAGUAUGCUCUGCGAGGGCACCUGACAGAAAAGGCAGACAUUUUCAGUUUUGGUGUUGUUGCUUUGGAGAUUCUCAGCGGGAGACCAAACUUUGACAACAGCUUAGAGAGUGAAAUGAUCUUUCUCCUUGAUUGGGCAUGGACCUUAUAUGAAGAAAGACACAGUUUGGAGUUGGUGGAUCCUAGAUUAACAGAGUUUGAUGAAAAUGAAGCUACAAGAAUGAUCCAUGUGGCUCUGCUGUGCACACAAGCAUCACCAAUAAUGCGACCGGCAAUGUCACGUGUGGUAGGAAUGCUUACAGGAGAUAUUGAAUUAGACACUCGUGAUAUAUCAAAACCAAGUUAUUUGACAGAUUGGAAUUUUAAAGAUGUAACAAGGAGCUUGUCGGAGGAGGAGGAUUCUAAUCGCUUAGUUACACCCAUGGAAAGUAAGAGCCAUGACAACAUUCAACAUGGCAAUACAACUAGUUCAAGCCCUGGUGUUGAUAUAUCACCUUCUCCUAUAAAUGUUACCGAAACAAUGUUCAGUGACAUUAUCAAAGAUGGAAGGUAAGUAGUUCAUUUUCUUGCUGUGGAACCAUGUUUAUACCCUUAUACGUCUCUUUUGAUCUUGGUGAGCUAUUCUACUUUCCACUAAAUAAUGAGAUAUGCAUGGUAGAGUUAGAUUUUGUGAAACUAAGAAUAUCUAUAUAUUAGAAUAUCUAUAUAUUGUACACUCUA